ACAACGAGCCGUCGCUGUAGGCCUCCCUAAGGGUCGUGCGGACGGCUAGCUCCUGCGCCGUCAUUUUACAUACAGCUCGAGGCAGGCCCUGGUCCUCAUCGCCGCGACGAAGUCUAGCGCUUACGCAGCGCAAAAGCACACUAUCAGCUCGCGCAGCGCUGCUUUACAGUCCAGACCCCGCCGCGCAACCGCUCAAGAGGCGUGCGCCGCCGCGCGCGCCGCUGAGAAUAAAGUGCAGGACCAGCUGCCGCUAACCAACCCUCCGGGAGCGGCAUGCCGCGCCUCAAGGCCGCCGUCCAGGCGCGCAAGGAGACGGCCCUCGAGUCCUUACGAGACGCUUUGCGGACGACGGGCCGCCUCAUCCGGCCGCGGCUCGGCUGCCCCGGCUAUGGCGCGGUCCGAGUAGCUCUGGCCCACUGGCGGCCGGAUUUCGAGGAUGUGCCCGAGAAGGAGCGACUCGCUCUUUUGCGAGCGGCGACGCAGUGGGACACGGAGCGCAAUUCCAAGGCCGGCCCGCACGCCCGCAUCGACGUGGAAAAACACGCGUCGCUCACGAAGGAGCUCAUCGAGUGGCUCGAGGCGCCGGAAGCCGCCGCGAAGGCCGCCGCGUCGGCGCGAGCUGUUUCCCGACGAACCGCGAGAGGCGGCGGCGGCCAGCGGAAGACGGCUCAGCACGCCGUCGUCCACCGCCCUUCGACGCACGCGGCGCCCUGCAAGAAGCGGCGCGUGGCCUCGAAGAAGAAGGCCCACGCCUUGGUGCCUCCGUCGUCCACUCCGAAGGCGAAGAUGCUCCACCCGGGCUGCCACGGGCACCUGCCUCCGGGGUCUACUCCUGCUUCUCACUUGAGACCGGGCGACACGAAGCCGCACAUCGACUUCAUGCUGCCGGACGGGACGCUCGACUGUCGCUUCGACAGCUACUGCGACCAAUUGAUGGACGAGCCCGCCGGGUCGUGCCUGCACCACACUCUCUCAUUGUUUGAUGCCAAUGAACCGGGUAGCUUCGCGGACGCGGCGCGCGCGCGGCCCAUUAGACAUGGUGACCACGUGCACCGCUUGGCGGGCCAGCCCGUGGGCGACUGCGGCGCGCUCUGGCCGGCUCAUAUAUCUGAAGCUGAUUUAGAUUUCGCGACGGCGCUCUUCGACGUCAAGGACUCGAAGUGAGCUUCUUUGCUUGGCGUGUCCCGUCUGCUGCGGGACAUGCGCAUCUCUCUCUCUCCCUCCCCAUAAUAGUAUGUAAGACAUAGAAGAAUUA